AUGUCGAACGUGAUAGCAGGAGAUGACAAGAAUAAAGUUGCUACCUUUGGGUGGGCAGCUAGAGACGAUUCGGGAAUUCUCUCCCCAUUCCACUUUAACAGAAGGGGAAAUGGUGAUAACGAUAUCACACUUGACAUACUCUUUUGUGGGAUUUGCCACACAGACCUCCACUUUGUGAAGAACGACUUUGGAAUGUCGUUCUAUCCAAUGGUUCCAGGGCAUGAGAUUGUGGGUAAAGUGACAAAGGUGGGUAGCAAAGUCACAAAAUUCAGUGUUGGGGACAUAGCUGGUGUGGGUGGCUCUGUGGGUUCAUGUGGCUCAUGUUCGAACUGCAGCGAGGGCUUCUACGUAUAUUGUCCAAAAAUGAUUUUAACAUACAGUGCACGCUACCACGAUGGGACAACAACCCAGGGUGGGUACUCGGAUAAGCUAGUGGUUGAUCAGAACUUUGCGGUGCUAAUCCCAAAGUCCAUGCCACUAGCCGGUACAGCCCCGUUGUUGUGUGCUGGAAUCACAGUUUACAGCCCAUUGAAGUAUCAUGGGCUUACCAAGCCCGGCUUGCACUUGGGUGUGGUGGGCCUGGGAGGCCUAGGUCACGUGGCUGUGAAGUUUGCUAAGGCUUUUGGAAUGCAUGUCACUGUGAUUAGCACAUCUCCCAGCAAGAAGAAGGAAGCAUUGGAGAGGCUUGGUGCAGAUGCAUUCUUGGUUAGUCAAGACCAACAACAGUUGCAGGAUGCCAUGGGCACAAUGGAUGCCAUUAUUGACACUGUUUCAGCUAAUCACUCCAUCCAACCACUGAUCGGUUUAUUGAAAACAAGUGGAAAGUUGAUUUUGGUGGGUGGACCAGCCUCUCCUCUUGAGGUUUUAGCCAUGCCUUUGCUUUUGGGGAGAAAGAUGAUUGCUGGCAGUGCAGGAGGGGGGAGAGAAGAGAUUCAAGAGAUGAUGAAUUUCGCAGCAAAGCACAAUAUUACCGCAGAUGUGGAAGUCAUUCCAAUGGAGUACGUGAACACUGCCUUUGAGAGACUGCAAAAGAAUGACGUUAAAUAUCGCUUUGUCAUUGAUGUGGCAAACACGAUAUGA